AUGUCCAUAUCCGCCGUCGCCAUCACCGACACGCCCGACGCCGAUACUCCACUGCUAGACGACGUCGUUUAUGAUGUCGUCGGCUACAAGGGUCGUCCAGUUAACAGAUCCAAAUCCGGUGGAUGGAGAUCUGCAUCUUUCAUCAUAGGCGUUGAAAUUGCGGAAAGGUUUGCGUAUUAUGGAAUAAGUUGCAACCUCAUUACCUACCUUACUGGGCCGUUGGGCCAGUCAACCGCCAUUGCUGCCCAGAGCGUGAACGCAUGGUCUGGAACGGCGUCGCUUCUUCCCCUUUUGGGUGCUUUUAUUGCCGAUUCAUUUCUGGGUCGAUACCGUACCAUUAUCAUUGCCUCUGUGCUCUAUAUCCUGUUUAGCCAAGACCAAGUGAAGGUCAUGCUUGGUGUGACACCACUUGAGCAAGCUUCUAGGAGCAAGGCCAAGCACAUGCAAGGAGCAUUUCUAGCAAAUCCAAGACUAUUGCUACUGCCGACCAACAGUAGCAAAGCACUACCACUCCGAGGCAGCCACCAAAGCGAGGUCCUUCCUCCUAAGCAGUCCCCUAGCACCACCAAGGCAGCACUCCUAUUGCUAGUGCCGACUGGCAGUAUCAAUUUUCCCAGCCCCAUUAAGUUCAACCAAGGCCAAGAGAGGACUCUCCUCUCUUGGAAGUAUAAAGCCCGUUCAAAUGCCAUGAUCUUGUACUUAGAGAAGGCAAGGGAGUUGCUUGGACGAUUGAAGUCCUACAAGGGACUUGGCUUCUUGACCUUUUCAGCUGUGCUUCCUUCUUUCAGCUCUACUGACUGCCAAAGUGCUAACAAUAUCCUGUCAUGUUCACGUGAUCAACUCCAAAUUUUCUUCUUCUUCUUCUCACUUUAUCUAGUAGCAGUAGCUCAAGGAGGGCACAAACCUUGCGUUCAGGCUUUUGGAGCUGAUCAGUUUGAUGGGCAAGAUCCAGAAGAGUGUAAAUCCAGAAACUCAUUCUUCAACUGGUGGUAUUUUGGUCUGUGUGGAGGAGCCACAAUAGCAAUCUUGAUUUUGAGCUACAUUCAAGACAACCUUAGUUGGGGUCUUGGGUUUGGAAUCCCCUGCAUUGUCAUGGGCCUUGCACUGGUUAUAUUCUUGCUUGGAAGUAUAACUUAUCGGUUUAGCAUCAAAGGGGAUGAGAAAAGCCCGUUUAUCAGAAUUGGUCAGGUGUUCGUCAAAGCAGCUAGGAAUAGGCGAACUACCUCUUCAGCAAUAUCUAUUGUGGAGGAAGCCAAGGGAACCCUGCCUCACCAAGGUUCUCAACAAUUCAAGUUUCUCAACAAAGCCUUGGUUGCAGUUGAUGGUUCAAAAGAAGACGAGAAGCUAUGUAGCAUCAGAGAAGUAGAAGAAGCAAAGGCAAUUCUCAGGUUGUUUCCAAUAUGGGUUACAUGUUUGGCAUAUGGCACUGUCUAUGCACAGUCAUCAACUUUAUUUACCAAGCAAGGAUUAACCAUGGACAGAUCCAUUGGUUCAGGUUUUGAUAUACCAGCUGCUUCACUACAAUCUUUUAUUGGCAUUUCCAUUGUUACCUUUGUUCCCAUCUAUGACCGCAUUUUGGUUCCCAUUGCAAGAGCUAUGAGUAGAAAACCCUCUGGCAUAACAAUGCUUCAAAGAAUUGGAACUGGAUUGGUUUUAUCUGUUCUUUCCAUGGUGAUGGCAGCUAUAGUUGAGAGGGAGCGCCUCAAAAUUGCUCUAGAAUACAGGCUGGUGGAUAUGCCAGAGGCGACAGUUCCCAUCAGCGUGUGGUGGUUGGUACCUCAAUAUUUAUUGUUUGGAAUUGCUGAUGUAUUCACCUUAGUUGGUCUGCAGGAGUUUUUUUAUGAUCAGGUGCCUAGUGAUUUGAGAAGUGUAGGUCUUGCUCUCUACCUCAGUAUCAUUGGCAUAGGUAGCUUCUUAAGCAGCUUUCUCAUCUAUGUCAUCGAAAAAGCAACGAGUGGAGAUGGUCAAUAUAGUUGGAUAUCAGAUAAUUUAAAUCGGGCACAUCUUGAUUACUUCUAUUGGCUACUCGCGGGACUUGGUGCAGUGGCUAUGGUAGCUUACUUGUAUUUCACAAAAUCUUAUGUUUACCUUUGAAAUACUAUUUACAAGAAUUGUCUAGGAUGUGGACCAUGCAAGAAAGACUUUUGAAAUCGAUUUGUCAUUGUUUAUAAACUGUUUAUCAG